AUGAUGAAUCCCCGUCAGGGUUAUGCCCCAACGCCCCAUAGCUAUGUCCCUAAUACCGCCCUAUCAGCUACAAUAAAUUUAGAUGAGGAAGUGAAGCUAGCAGACACCCGUGCUGAAAGGGACUUACAAGAUUCUCUUGCUGAGAUCUUUUCUAUCAUCGUCACCUUAGACGAACUGGAGAGAGCAUUUCUCAAAGAUGCUAUUCCCGAAACCGACUAUACUGAAAUUUGUGAACGAUCGCUAAAACAGUAUAAGUCUAUUCUAACAGACGAAACUGUAGCUAAAGCUUUUGUGGGCCUAGAAGAGUUCAAGGCCGAGUGGGAUCUCGAAGUUCCUAGGGCUACAGAGCGGCUUAGGGUAGGUAUGCCAUCAACCGCUGUCACUGCAUCGACAGGGGCCACUCAACCAUCAGCUUCGGCAAACAACAAGUCCGGUGCUCUCAUCCUUGAAGCAACACAGGACUUCAUCACUUUUCUGGAUGCCUUGCGCCUUGGGCUUCUAGCAAAGGAUCAACUGCACCCUCUCUUGACUGACGUUAUUCAGAGCGUCAACAAAGUCACUGAUCGGGAUUUUGAAAAUCGCGGGAAAAUUGUGCAGUGGCUGAUUACAUUAAAUCAGAUGAAGGCGACUGAGGAGUUGAGCGAACAGCAAGCCAGGGAGCUCGAAUUGGACAUUAACUCGGCAUACUUGGGCUUCAAGAAUACGCUAAAUUAA